AUGGCCCGGGCGCUCCUUAACAACACCGGCAAUACCGGCUGGAUCGUCCAGAAAUUCGGCGGCACCAGCGUCGGCAAAUUCCCCGACAAGAUUGCAGAGGAUAUCGUCAGACAAUACGUGGAGAAUCACCGUGUAGUAGUUGUGUGCUCAGCUCGGAGCACCGGCAAGAAGGCAACAGGAACCACGAGCAGGCUACUGGAGGUGUACAAGAAACUGCGGGCCAUUGUCGCCUCAGCAAGUGACCAUGAUGCCCAGGACGAUUUGCUGGAAGAUGCCAAGCGCAUUGUCCAAGACAUCUGCGCCGACCAUGUCGGUGCCGCCGACACUUUCAUCAAGGAUCCCCAACUCAGCGCUUUGCUGAAGGCUGAUACUGAGAUGGAGUGCCAGCUCCUCAUCGAGUAUAUUGGGGCUGCGAAACGUUUCAACCUUGAGAUCAAUUCCCGGGCCAAGGAUAGGGUCGUUAGCUUCGGAGAGAAACUGAGCUGCAGGUUCAUGACGUGCCUCCUCAAGGACAGAGGGGUGGAUGCUGAGUACGUUGACCUGGCCGAUAUCCUGCGUCUUGACAGCCCGGCACGUCUUGACUCUGCCUUUUACCGGCAUGCCACCACCGUCAUUUCCAACAAGAUCCUAAAAUGCGGGGAUCGGGUGCCCGUGGUGACCGGCUUCUUUGGAAAUGUCCCCGGAAGCCUCCUGGAUGGAGACAUCGGCCGCGGGUACACCGAUCUGUGUGCGUCACUAGUGGCUGUCGGCCUCAAGGCAGUUGAGCUUCAAAUCUGGAAGGAAGUGGAUGGCAUCUUUACCGCCGACCCCUCCAAAGUCCCGACCGCAAGGCUUAUCCCAUCCAUCACUCCCUCCGAAGCCGCAGAGCUGACCUUCUACGGCUCUGAAGUCAUUCACCACUUGACUAUGGACCAAGUGAUCAAGGCUGUGCCGCCCAUCCCGAUCCGGAUAAAAAAUGUCAACAAUGCCCGCGGCGAAGGCACCAUUGUGAAGCCGGAUCCAUUACUGGCGCCAGAUCGGCAGAUCCAGAGAACGAGACAACCGUCGGAUCCGUCCCUGCGCAAGAAACCCAAGAGGCCGACAGCCGUCACCGCCAAGGACAAGAUUUCCAUCCUCAACAUCCACUCCAACAAGAGAUCUAUAGCGCACACAUUUCUGGCCCGCGUGUUUUCCAUCCUCAAUCAGCAACGGGUGUCGGUCGAUCUCAUCUCCACCAGCGAGGUGCACGUCUCCAUCGCGGUUCACGCCGCAAACUCUGAGCAAUGCAACUUUGACGAGGCCGUGAAACAGCUCAGGGAGGAGUGCGGCGAGGUCAGCGUGCUGCACGACAUGACCAUUCUCAGUCUUGUGGGCGCCGAGAUGAAGAACAUGGUUGGCAUUGCUGGCAGGAUGUUUUCAACUUUGGGCGAAAAUGGGGUCAAUAUCGAGAUGAUCUCGCAGGGGGCUAGUGAGAUCAACAUCUCGUGCGUCAUUGACGCCCGUGAUGCCGAACGGGCCAUGAAUAUUCUGCAUACCAGUCUCUUCACCUUCUUAGAGUAA